UGUGACUUCUAGAUGUGACUUUGUUCUAAAGCAAGUUAAUCAACCAUAAAGCAUACUUGUACAAAGUUACAAUGACAUUAAAUAGAUGCUCUCAUAAUUAUUUCAAAUCAAGCAUUUUAUUUUUUGUAUUAGUAAUGAACAUAUUUCUGACUUUUAAUAAUACUUUCAAUAUAGCUUUCAUAUGUCGAGGUUAAUUCCUGUGAGCAAAGCUCAUAUCUCCCAGGAACGAGAAGGCAGCUCCAUCCCUAACGUUGUGAUAGAUGGGUUUAAAUGUAUUCCAACGGGGCGCCCCUCCUGGCCAAUCAGGGUGUUUGCAGCAGCUUCGACACCACCCCCCAGCGGCCGCACAGGCGCACUGAGCUCCCAACUGCCAUUUUGUGGCAGAGGCUACUCUGCUAAAGCGGGAGAGGGAUUAAAACAAACUGCGAAGAAGACAGCAUUUCUUGCCAGCCUGCCAAACUUUGUAGCACAGACUCAGUGCUUUCGGACGAGUUAAACGGGAGGAGAAACAGACUAAAAAGAGUUCCUGCCCAGCAUGGAGGGAGGGCCAGCAGAGGGUGUAGGGGUGGUGGAGGUCCCCGCCAAAGACUUCCCCUCCAUCCAGGCCGUCCACAGCCAGGACGCUAUGGUGGCAGACCUCCUCCAGCAGGCUGCAGAGGCCGGGGGCGUGGUGGAGGGACAGACCGGAGUGGUCCUGGAACAAGGUCACGGGGAUGGGAUGGUAGCAGCGAGCCAGGCUCAGCAGCUGAUGGAGGCUGGGGUGGGUGUGGACAAUGGAGCAGGGGUUGAAAUGAUGGUUAUGGAGUCACUGGAUCCCACACUGCUGCAGAUGAAGACUGAGGUGAUAGAUGCUGCAGUGGGUGGGUCAUCAGCAGGAGUGGGUGCUGCUCACCAAGCUACUGUAACAACAGUGGACCAGACUCAAAUCAUCACACUACAAGUGGUAAACAUGGAGGAGCAGGCCGCUCUGGGCCUGGGGGAGCUCCAGCUGGUCCAGGUGCCAGUUUCUGCCACCACAGUGGAGGCUCUGCAGCAAGGCACCUAUGUAGACACCACUGCUAUGCCAAAAGAUGGAGACCCGGUCAUCUGCCACACCCUGCCGCUGCCUGAGGGCUUUCAGGUAGUGAAGGUGGGUGCUAAUGGAGAGGUGGAGACAGUGGAGCAGGAGGAGGGAGGAGAAGUCCACCAUGAGGAGGAAGAAGAGGUGGGGGAUCAGAUGAUGGAAGAGGAGGAGCCCAUUCAGCCCCCGAAUGAUGACCCCACCUGGCCCAAAGACCCAGACUAUCAGCCUCCAUGUGGAGCCAUCAAGAGGUCCAAAAAGGGUAAUAAGAGUCGUCUGCGCUACGCUGAAGGAGAUAAGGACAUGGACGUCAGUGUGUAUGACUUUGAGGAGGAGCAGCAAGAGGGUCUUUUGUCUGAGGUCAAUGCUGAGAAGGUGGUGGGCAACAUGAAACCACCCAAACCCACCAAGAUCAAGAAGAAAGGAGUGAAGAAGACGUUCCAGUGCGAGCUGUGCAGCUACACGUGCCCCCGCCGCUCCAACCUGGACAGACACAUGAAGAGCCACACUGACGAAAGACCUCACAAGUGUCACCUGUGUGGACGAGCCUUCAGGACGGUCACCCUGCUCAGAAACCAUCUCAACACACACACUGGAACUCGGCCACACAAGUGCACAGACUGUGAUAUGGCCUUCGUGACCAGCGGAGAGCUCGUUCGUCACCGUCGCUACAAACACACACACGAAAAACCCUUCAAAUGCUCCAUGUGUGACUACGCCAGUGUGGAGGUGAGCAAACUAAAGCGUCACAUUCGUUCCCACACUGGCGAGCGUCCAUUCCAGUGCAGCCUUUGCAGCUACGCCAGCAGAGACACGUACAAGCUGAAGAGACACAUGAGGACACACUCGGGAGAGAAACCAUACGAGUGCUACAUCUGCCACGCCCGCUUCACCCAGAGUGGAACCAUGAAGAUGCACAUCCUGCAGAAACACACUGAGAACGUGGCCAAGUUCCACUGUCCACACUGUGACACUGUCAUCGCACGCAAGAGUGACUUAGGCGUCCACCUCCGUAAGCAGCACUCGUUUAUCGAGACCGGAAAGAAGUGCCGUUACUGCGACGCCGUGUUCCACGAGCGAUACGCCCUGAUCCAGCAUCAGAAGUCCCACAAGAACGAGAAGAGGUUCAAAUGUGACAUGUGUGACUACUGCUGCCGCCAGGAGCGUCACAUGGUGAUGCAUCGUAGAACCCACACUGGAGAGAAGCCAUACGCCUGCAGUCAGUGUGAGAAGACGUUCAGACAGAAGCAGCUGCUGGACAUGCACUUCAAACGCUACCACGACCCCAACUUUGUCCCCACCGCCUUCGUCUGCCCCAAGUGUAGCAAGACCUUCACACGCAGGAACACCAUGGCUCGCCACGCUGAGAACUGCAAUGGUGAAGUGGAUGACGCCGAGAACGGAACCCCACCCCCGAAGAAAGGAAAGAGAGGAAGAAAGAAGAAGAUGAGGAGCAGGAGAGAUGAAGAGGACAGUGAGGAAGAUAACAUCGAACCCGACGAGGAGGAUGAGGGUGACGGCGAGGAGGAAGCACUGUUACAGGAAGAGGACGAUCCAGAAAGCAUGGAACUGGACCAGGCCCCCGCCGCCAUCCCAGUACCAGCCCCUGAUGAGCCACCGGUCAAGAGGAAACGAGGCCGACCCCCAAAGAACGCCCCCAAACCCCCAACACCCAGCAAGUCAGUCAGAGUGGCUGCUAAGACAGCUGCUUCUGCUGCUGCCAUAAUCCAGGUGGAGGAUGAGAGCACAGGAGCGGUUGAGAACAUCAUCGUGAAGAAAGAGGAGGGCGACAUCUCGGCAGCCACGCCUCUGGAGCAGGGAGUGGCACUGACGGUGGAGGGGGUGGGGCUGGACGGGGAAGGGGUGGAGACUGUGGAGCUGGCGGUGAACGAGGAGACGGCCGCCGCCGCCGCCAACGGAGACCUGACACCAGAGAUGAUCCUCAGCAUGAUGGACCGGUGAACACAACACGCAGCAAACACACAUGUAGCCGGACUAAAGACUCAUUUAAAAAAAAAAAACACAAAAAAAACCACCUGUCAGAAACACAUUAACAUUUCCUCUGCCUUCACCUCCUGUUCCAUCCUGUGUGCUCUUUAACUGCAGCCAGCUGCAGAUACUACCCUGCACCAAGAAGGGAAGCCACAUGUAAAUACUUCCACAGACACACACACACACACACACACACACACACACACACACACACACACACAAACACACACACACACACACACACAAACACACACACACUGGCACACUGACAUUUGUGGAUCACAUACACAACAAAGGACCGCACGCACACACACACACACACACACACACACACACACCAUCCCAGCUAACACCAGACUGCUCUCUGCUUUAACGCUCUCUUCAGUUUGAAUGUCCUCUGAAUGAAUCGUGUAUUUUGCUACUCGUUUCUGCCCACCACCCCCCUCCAAAAAAAAGCCACAUCCUGUAUCAGUCUCUACCCACACACACACACUCAAGAGUUAAUGUUGAGCCGGAAACACACUCUCUCACAAAAGGAGACAUUCAUUUAUCUACCUUGAUAAUUCACUCUGAUUUCCUCCUUUCUUCUGCUUCUGCUGUUCUCACAACAAGGCCCAUUGUCAAAUUCCAAGCCUUUCUAUGUGUAUAUAUAGAUCUAAAUGUAGUUUUUCCUAAUAAAGAAGUAGUAUAUGGUACUUUAGUUUGCCUCUGAGAUACCACAUGCAUAUUAUUAUUAUUAUUAUUAUUAUUUUUCCAGAAAGUGUGAUUUUUUUCUUCCCUCCUUGCCCUCUGUUAUCACAGAGGUGCCACAUGUUUCUCUCAGCUAUCACUCAGAUGUGUGUGUCUGGUUAAAAGCUCCUCCUUUGCUGUUCCACAGUCUGCCGUCACCAUCAACUCAAGAAAAACAAAGGCGCAGAUCAUCCUCACACAGCCGGUCAAAUAUUGUACUAUAAUUGUGAUUUGAACAUUCCAAAUAUUUGAAUGAAUUAUGGAAUUAUGUUUUAUGCGUUUUGAAUCAUCUCACACAAACAGAAUCGAAACAGUUUUCAAAAUAAAAGCAGCCUCACUUAACAAUGUGUUCGCCCGCCAGUUCAUAUUGUACUCGGAACAGUUAUCAAAGUCACUCAAACACCACCACACCCCACCCAGACACCCCCCACCACCACAAUAAAGAACCUGUGGUAGGUGCUUUUUCAUGUAAAUACACAUUUUAAACCUCUUUUUUUUUUUUUUUUUGCUUUUCUUGUGAGCCUUUUUAAUGUUUUUUAAAAUAGUUGAUUUGAAGACGUGUUGGUUGGAAGGGGCUUAAAUUUAUAUGCUACACAUGUCAGUGUCAUAUCAGGUACUCCAUGUCCUGAACCUUCCCUUCUCUUCCACCCACCAAUAAUGCCCCUUUUAACCAACCACACUGAAUCUGAACCACUAUUAUUUUGCUCUCUUCGUUUUUUCUGUUGCUCAUAGACGUUUUGUUUUCCCUUUGAAACUACCUUUCAUUUCUAGCUUCUUUUUUUUUUCUCACACAGUUGCCGCCCUGUUUCUCUCCCUGGUUGAUCUCGGUUCAGUUCAGUAGUAAUGACACAAGCUUUUGUCACCUUCUGCUCUCCUUUAACAUUCGGCCCUGAAGCUGUGAUGCUACCUUUUACCUGUAAUGGAAACAAAGAGGGUUUUUUGAGUAUCUGUUCUGUAGGAUUUAAAACCGUUUGACACCCAUCUGGAAAAACAUGUUUAUUGAAUGAAGUUCAGCUAGUAAACUGUAUGUAAUAACAACAAACAGCAUUCUUGUUCUUGUUUGUUUUUUGAGUUUUUUUGUUUUUUUUGACAUGUGUUGAUACUGUUUGGAAGGAUGUGAAUGAAUGAUGUCAUGAAAGAGGGCUCCUCACACUAACUCUCAGCCCAGGUUUCAUGACAGUUUGACCACAGCUAAUAAUAAUGGUUGUCAUGUGGCCUUCCUUCCUUUUUUAUUACAACAAGAUGUUAUUUUGUGAUAUGAAAGCAUUUCCUCUGUACCUGAACAUUGGUUAGAUGCCCUGUAAGACCAGCUCAGACCCUAAUAUGAGGCUGGACCCUGUAUAAAAAAUACACUGCAGUCCAGGCUGUAAAGAAGAACCACUGCAAACACAGACAGAUUUUAGUGCCAAGUGGUAAAAGAAAAAUCAUUGUUGUACUCAUACUUCUAUAAGAAUCACCCCGAAACAUCAAAUCUGUGAGUGCACUGCUGUGUUCUGAGAGAUCACUCUGUAAAAACAAGACAACAAAAUGUUCUGUUAUCAAUGUAUCAUGUUAAUGUUCUGCAGAUGGCUGAAUAGAUGAUGGAUGUUUGACUCUUCUCACAGUGUGGACAUUGUUUUUAUUUUUCUAGAAGAAAUAAGAGAAAACAGUUUUAACAGAAUGUUUGUUUGGACUGCAGGAAUUUUCCCUGUGUACUUAGAAUCUUCCUCUUCCUGCAUUUCCACCUGAUUUCAGCUUCCCAUCUAAAAAGAUAGGGACAGUAUAUAGAAAGCUUUAUUGUCAUUAUAUUUGACAUAUAAUGAGAUUACAGGUGCCACUCCAUUGUGCUUUAAAGAAAAAUAAAAACAUGACAACUAGAUCAAAACAACACACGCAGCUAAUAAGAGAUGAUUAAUAAAAAAAAGAUGAGAUGCAGCUAAAAAAGCAUAAUGUGGAGGGUAUUGCAUUUAAGUAGAAUAAACAAAAAGCACAGUGCAGUAGUGGUCAGGUGAGCAGAUGGAGCUGCAGAAGGGAGAACAAAUCAGUGAAAAAGAAAUCAAAUUAAAAUGUUCUGAUUGUUUCAUGGCAGUUUUGUUCUAAAGCGGAAAUAAAUACUCAACAGAUGGUUUACUGUGGAGACAAAUGCCCUCAGUUCAUUACAUCCAAUUCAUACAGCAGUAUAAAUGUAAACAGGACUAAUCUGUAUUGUUUCUUCAUAUAUUAAUACUGUGACUGAACGCAUCAUUUUUAAAAAUUCGUCAUGGCUCUAAUUAGCAUGAACUCUACCUGCUUCCUCAGAUGCAGUGGCAACAGUAACAGGGACUUUAGUUCCAUGUUUAGUCCCUGAGAUGAGUUCCUCUGGGUCCAAAGUUCCUGGAGCUUUAGAUGGAAGCAGGGUUUUAUUUGUAAAGGUUGUAACCCUGCUGUGAAGAACUACAGAACACAAGAAACCUUUGUCAUGUCCUUUUUUUUGAAGAUGAGACACUGUACAGCUGAUAAAUAAUAAAAUCAUCCUUAUGGGCCCUUGA